CCCCGGGCGGCGAGCGGCUGGCGGCUGCUUGGCUAAUUCAAAAUGUGUGUCCUAGGGAAGGCCGGCGCAAGGUCGCUGUACGCUGCGGCGCGAGCGGUCAUUCCCUGCCUUUGGAGAGGAAAAUAUUUCAGCUCCGGGAGAGACCCGGUAGAAAACAACCCUGUGACUCCGAUGAUGCGGCAUCUUGUGUACAAAAUCAAGUCUACUGGCCCCAUCACUGUGGCUGAGUACAUGAAGGAGGUCUUAACCAACCCUGCCAAGGGAUAUUAUGUGCACCGUGACAUGCUAGGAGAAAAAGGAGAUUUUAUUACUUCACCUGAAAUAAGUCAGAUCUUUGGGGAGCUGCUAGGGAUAUGGUUUGUUAGUGAGUGGAUGGCCAAUGGAAAAAGCGCAGCUUUCCAGCUGGUAGAACUGGGCCCAGGGCGGGGUACCCUGGCAGAGGAUAUUCUGAGGGUGUUUAGCCAGCUUGGAUCUGUGCUGAAAAACUGUGAGAUUUCGAUGCAUCUAGUAGAGGUGAGCCAAAAAUUAAGUGAGAUUCAAGCGUUAACUCUGACUGAAGAGAAGGUUCCCUUAGAGCGAAGUGCUGGAGCCCCAGUAUAUAUGAAAGGUGUUACUAAGUCUGGGAUUCCAAUUUCCUGGUACCGGGAUCUGCAGGAUGUUCCAAAAGGAUACAGCUUUUAUCUCGCACAUGAAUUUUUUGAUGUUCUUCCUAUCCAUAAGUUUCAGAAAACCCCACAAGGAUGGCGAGAAGUGUUGAUUGAUAUCGACCCACAAGGUUCUGAUAAACUGAGGUUUGUUUUGGCGCCUUGUGCCACCCCCGCAGAGGCCUUCAUCCAGCGUGAUGAAGCAAGGGAUCACGUGGAAGUGUGUCCCGACGCUGGUGUUAUUAUUCAGGAGCUAUCUCAGCGCAUUGCACUGAUGGGAGGGGCUGCGCUGAUUGCUGACUACGGUCACGAUGGGACUAAGACAGACACCUUCAGAGGGUUUUGUGGCCACCAGCUUCAUGAUGUCUUAAUUGCCCCAGGAACAGCAGACCUAACAGCUGAUGUGGACUUCAGUUAUUUGCGCAGAAUGGUACAGGGAAGAGUGGCUUCUCUGGGCCCAGUAACACAACAAAUGUUUUUAAAAAAUAUGGGCAUUGAUGUCCGGCUAAAGGUUCUUUUAGAUAAAUCAACUGAGCCAUCUUUGAGGCAGCAAUUACUUCAGGGGUAUGAUAUGUUAACGAAUCCCAAGAAGAUGGGAGAAAGAUUUAACUUUUUCGCCUUGCUGCCUCAUCAGAGACUUUGUGGUAGAAGCCAACAGAUAAAUGCACGUCAGUCAAAACCCUCUCCAUCACCUGUAGCUGGAUUUAGUGAACUUGCUUGGCGGUGAUAGUUCAAGUUUGGACUUUUUGUCCCCAAGUCUAAGAAACCAAAAUAACGGGAAUUAAUUUCAUGUAUCACAGGUAAAAUAAGUAUUUUAUCUCUUCAGUCAAUAAAAAUGGUCCAUUUUAUAUACAGUACAACUGAACAUUGAUUUUUUUAAAGUUGUUUAACUGUGGGAAUAAUUGUGUGUUCUUAGAAACUGAAUUUCCUUUAUUAAGAAAAGCUAGUUGCUGUCUUUUUAUUUUAAAAAGUAGACAUGAACACUAAUUGGCUCAAUAAAAACUGGAAACAAUCUAAAUGGUCACUUACAGGGGACUGAUUAAAUAGAACUGUCCAUGUAUUAUUUUAAAAAAUGAUGUAGUAUGUUCUAACACGGAAAGAUCUCUUAAGAUUUAUUAAGUGAAAAGAGUAGGUGCAAAAUGUUUUAGAGUAAUGAUUCCAUUUUUAUUGAAAAAAAGCUAUACUUAAAUGCUUGUAGGUAACUCCAUAGAAAUGUGUAUUUUAGUGAAGACUGGUUGUUUUCUGUUCUGUGAUAUUUAGUUGCAUGUAUAAAAGAAGGGAUCCCCAAUAAUCAUUAUUAAAUUUCCCAAUCUGGAAGUGAGUUUUAGGGGUAGGAAGACACUGAAUUUAUUUGUUCUCCUUCGAGGUAUUUGAAUUUUUUACACCAUGUGCUUCUGUGAAUUUAGAAUUUAAAAUGUUUAAUAAUCACAGUAAAACCAGUAAUGCUGACAUGUACUUAAAAUAUGAGUUACAUGUAGACUACCUAGGAUGAAUAAUUUUCUAAAUUGAACUGCUUCUCCCUUAUUUUCAGAUAAAUGUCAAAUUUUAGUCUAUGAAGUUCUCAUGUCUUGGUUCAUAGAACUUUUAUGUUAAUACCAGACACGUCGGCUUUGUGAAGAACUGCUGUAUGAACAACACAAAUUUCCAUGUGAGAUUAAAGGAAAAGAGUAUUAGCUAUGUGUCCUGAACUUCUGGCGUAACUAUAUGGAAGGUCAUUGGCAGAGUGAUGAACUGCUGCUUUUUAUUGGUUCUUUGGCCUGAGAACAGACUAGUGUUCUCUAUCUCACUCUAAAGUAAAGGGUGACCGAAGCCUUAUCUUCCAGAUGCCGUCCAGCCUUGGGCCAUCCCUAGUCAUCCUUAUUCUGCUUCCAUAUUUUUUUCCCCAAAGUCUUGGGACAAUUUUUGUAAGAUGAAAAUGCCCAUGGUUUGCUCUUCUCGGUUAUUUAAUAGUUUUUAUAACUAAGGGGAAAGAGUCAGGCAAUGCCUUGUAUCUUAAAACCUAGGAAAUUUACUUUGGUAUUAGGUGUUUAACUUACUUAAGUUUCUGGCAGUUGCAGAAGUGGAUUAUUUGAUGGAAGCUCCUGAAAAUUUAUAAUUAUUCCAGACUUUCAUUCCAAGAAAUAAGACCUCCAGAUAAUUACCUCAAAUUGCAUAUAAGAUUAUAAAAAUGAGUAGUUUUUUAUUUUAGGCAGUUAAAAAAAUCAGUGUUCUUAAAUAUAGCAUUAGUUCCAUUUACAAAUACUAUUUCCAAAAUAGU